GAUGAGCACAGAGGACGCUGGCAACAGGACCUCUCCCACCCCACCUCUCCUUGGGCUUCUGGUUUCAACCACUGAGCUGGUCCCACCCAGUCCCGCAUCCCCCAAGAUGGCAGAGCCGCUGCCUGUCAUCGUCGCGCUCGUCUGCAUCUUCCUCCUCCUGGCGACCUUUGUCAUCUUUGUCACCCUCUGCAAGCCAGCGGCGCUGGACCAGUCCCGCUUUGGGCCCCACGAGUGCAUGCCCCAUCACCCGGCGGAUGCCAGCGAGCCCCAGCUGAGGCUCUGGAAGCGGCUGGGCUCCCUGCGCCAUUCCAUCAACACCUUCAGGAGGAGUCGGCCAGUGUCCCAGAGCCAGCUCGCCUGCCCCAGAAGCUCCCCCGCCAGCCAGGACUGGGACAUCAUGGAGUCCACCAAAAUGUGAUCCUGCUCUGCAGGAACUAAAUCACCCCGCAUUGCUAUUCUUUCCCAAGCUUUUGGUUCCGGCUCAGCUCCCUCCUCAAGCAGCCCCUGGUAUCCUGGGCAUCCCGGCAGAGCCCCUUUGAGCAGCUCAUUUCCAGGCAAUGGCUCUGCAAGGCAACAGGAGAUUUUGCUAUUUCAUGUUCCAGAAUGCUUUCCAGGUUACUGUUCCCUGGCAGGAAAGGUGGAGGCAUCCAAACUACACCCACACGCAGCUAUCACCGGGCAGUCAAAAAAAAUAUUGCUGCUUAAUUUCUUUUGGAAAACAUUGUGCAAGUUGCGAGGCACCUGUACAAACAGCCUGGGCGAGAGCAGAGCAACCUGGCUGCCUAACAAAUAUCGCCUUGCAGAGAGGCUUCCCGGGGCAAACGUGCUCCACAAAAAGCAAUCCUCAGCUGAGAUUGCCCCCGAGACGUGCUCCUGAGCAGGUGGAGGAAGGCUCGUGCCCCCCGUGCGCUGCCUGGUCCCCGUCUUCCCUCUCCCCAUGCAACGAGCCAUGGGUUGCUGCAGUUGAUGCUUGGAAGGAUGCGCGCUACAGCUGCCUGCUGGAAACCUGCUUCAAUAAAUGAGCAGCGGGAGCAGGUAAACACGCCUGUAAAUGCAUUAAAGAGGCCUUUUGAAGCUCGCAGCAGCUGCCAGCUUGGAAAGCCACCGCGCAAGGCUGAGCUGCUCGUUGCUGCUGGGAAAGGGUACAACGGCCAGCAGGUAAUCUGACGUGCUCGAAGAAAUCAGUAGGAAAAAGAACUGGUUUAGUUCUUCCAGGUCUGCAGCUCGUGCUAAGUUGAGCCGUCAGGUUCACCCCUUUGGGUGAAGUCUCCAUGCCCGGUGAGGCCCCACGGCAAGCACCAAACCCUGUCUCUCUGGGUUUCGCAUGGUUUCUGACCCUCGCGGGGUGCAGCUCAGCAUCAGGACCUCCCUGGGCUGCCUGGGACGUUCCCGCUCUCCUCCGGCCCUGGGCUGCCUGGCUUUCGGAGAAGGGGAUGGGAAACCUUCAAAAACUCUCUUGUUGCCAUAGGGAUGUGGGGAUGUAUUUGAAGGGGGAGACCUUCAGUACAAAUGGUUCACUUUUAAAGGUGUAAAUUAAACUAGCCCAGGUGAUUGCCCAUUUCCAUUUCCCUCUGAUUUUGUUCUGUGGAAAACAA